AUGGACCGCAGCUUAAAAAGUAGGCUAUUUAAUGUUGACGAACCAGCCCUUACUUCCGCGGAAGUUUGUGUUAUUUCACUGGACGUUGCUCUAGCUCUGAAUUAUCUGCACCAGGAACGCGAACCUAUCAUCCACCAUGACGUCAGUAGUGGAAAUGUGUUACUAUGGCGACAAGGUGACCAAUGGAGAGCCAAAGUGUCUGAUUAUGGCACUGCUAAUUUUGUACGCCAGAGCACUAUCAAUUACGCAGGCGCUGCGAUCUAUCAAGCACCAGAGUCGUUGAACGGAGAUCCAGAUCAACCCAUAAGCUGUAAGGUCAGUACAGGAGCAGUAUAUUUCGAAAAAGAGAGGGAUAUAUAUCCCCCUUGUAUCUCUGGUGUAGUCAACAAUGAGUUUGAUAAAAAAGAGCCGAGAAUUGAAUGCACAGUCAGUUUUAUUCAAAAUUGAGAACUUUAAUAUACCUGUUUAUUAUAUAGACACGAGUGUUUCACAGGAAAAUAAACCACUCGUAAAAUUCAUAAAAACUACAUCCGGGACCCGAGUGGUUUAUUUUCCAUAAUUUCACAUGUGAGUUUAUCGAUGACGUAAUUUCGGUAAUUUCCCUCUAUUACUUUAUCAAUGUCUUCUUGUCUAUAUAAUAAAAAGAACAUUACACGGCGGCUUGAAGAUAUGAAUUUUAUUUUCUCGUGGUAAAAACAAUAUUUUACUCACACGCUGCGCUCCUUCGUAAAAUAUUGUUUUGCCACUCGAAAAUAAAAUUCCUACCUUCGCGCCACCGUGUAAUAUCCUCUAUAUAUGAUCUCCGGAGAUCACGUCCAUAUAUUAGAAUCAUUAGUUUGAUCCUCUAUACACUUAUUUCGUAUUUAUGAAUUUUACAUCAGCUUAUGGCGAGCAUCGUAUGAAUAAAUAUAAUCCGAGUUUAGAAAGAAAACAAUCCUAAAGUACUCCCGGGAAGCUGUAGCAUAACUAUGCCUAUGUGGACCCUAUGCGUAAGGCUACGCAAAUGAUCUAAUGAGGCUAUAAUCCUUUUCAUUCAAAAGCCGUUUUUAGACAGAUGAUUAAUAAAACCCAGCGUACACAUCUUUUUACUUAAUUUUCGAUUUUCUUAAUUAGGUUGAUGUGUAUAGUUUUGGUGUCCUCCUCUGUGAAAUGUGCAUCAGAGAUCAACCAGUCCAGGAGGACCGUGACAGGCAAAUAGAGCAGAUCAGAAACUGCUACCAUCGAGGCCUUGUGAGGCGCUGUGUACAGAAAGAGCCUUGGGAGAGGCCACAUAUGGACACGGUUAUCGAAGAACUGGAGACGCUAUGAAAAGUGGAACAAGUUGUUACAGAGUGCGCAAAGGGGAAACACGCGCAUCCUCGUAAUUUCCCCCUUCGCCCUUAAAAAAAAAAACCUGCGCCUGCAACUGGCCAGAGAAAACAGCCGACAUUUCGCAACGCCACCACUGGUUUCCCCGCAAAAUGAUGUCUGAGA